AUGAUAUUAUCUACCGCCAUCAUUUUUGCCUUGAUCGCGUCGAUCUCCGCCGCCCCGGCUCCAGCUCCUAUCAAUAAUCCCCCCCUUCUUGUUACUAUUCAGCUUGCCAAUGAUGUGACUGGCCUCAACGUUGCCAAGCAGAUUCCUGCUGACAGGAGCGCUCAAAUGGUCCGCGAUACCUUUGCGGAUACGGCUAUCGACACAAAGAAUCCCUCUGGACAGUCCGAAUUCUUGGUUUCAAGUGCACAGCUUACGCAAUUUCCCCAGGGUGUGUCUUGCUUCAUGGCAGACGGCAACGACCGUUUCGGGUUUUUGACUACAGAGAACACGUUUGUGGAUUUGGAUUGUGAUCUGGGCAGCCUUGGUCUGCAAAACCUUGUUAAUACUAUCAUUCGAUGCAACGUUUCGAUGAAUUAG